AAAGCACAUGAGAACAGGGAGGUUCCUCCUGUACACCAGCUCAGCUGCUUUGCUUGAGAUUAUUACUCAAACCUGACUCUAAGGGACGUUACACUCGACAGCUAUGGACUUUAGUCUUCUGACUGAGGAUGUGUAAAGUGGAAGUUUACACUGGACCUCCAGCAAAAAGACUAUCCUGCAACUUACUACUGAGAUUGCUGACUUUGUGAUUCUUCACUGUGAAGGUCUGCUGUGAUAAGAUCUUCUUAGGAAUACAGAAGUCAUGGACCUGACGCUGUGGCAGUAUCAGUUCCGCAUCAUCAUGCUGGGUGACUCAACGGUGGGCAAGUCAUCCAUGCUGAAGCGCUACACAGAGAACCAGUUCAUGGAGUGUAUUAAUGAGACGGUCGGAGUAGACUUCUAUGUCCAUUUCCUGGAGGUGGAGCCUGGUAUGAUGAUUAAACUCCAAUUCUGGGACACAGCUGGACAGGAGAGGUUCAGGUCAGUGACACGCUCCUACUACCGGAACUCGGUUGGAGGCCUGUUGGUGUUCGACGUGGGGAACCGUGCCUCGUUUGAGCAUUUGAGAGAGUGGUACUCUGAAGUGUGUGAGCAUGUCAUGCCUCAUGCUAUGAUCUUCCUGCUAGUGGGCCAUAAGAGUGACCGCGAGUCGGAUGGAGAGCGCACUGUAUCCAAAGAUGAAGCUGAGAAGCUGGCUGCUCAACUCGGAAUGCCUUAUGUGGAAGCCUCGGCCAAAACGGGCCAGAAUAUCCAGCUGUGUUUUGAAGUACUGACACGGCGAAUCUACCAGGGGCUGCAGAGUGGCGAGGUGAGGCUGAGAGAUGGCUGGGAUGGAAUAAAGAGUUCAGCUCUACAAGCACAACAAUUACUUCGUCAUGAGAGUGAGCAAACAAAGGAGAAAAAAGGUUGCUGUUAGCCCUUGCUGUUAGAGCAACCAUUCAUGUCCAAAGACCUGAUGCUGAUACUAAGUAGAAUAUCAAGCAUUAUUCCCUAAACACAUAUUUUCACCAGCUGGAUUUCCUUUCUGAAGGAAUAAUUUUACAGAACGUAUGAAAACUGCUGUUUUGAGAUAUAUCUAGCAGGAAUAAAAAACCUCCUUAAAAUGACAAUAUCGAUGUGGAGAAAAACAUCUCAAAAAACAGACAGAAAUUUCUUUUUUCUUUGUUCUACAUUUUCUACAGUUGGAAAUGCAUUUUCUUUUGAUUUGGGUAAAGGAAGUUUACACUUACACUUACCAUAACCAUCUGCUUUGGAAUGCAGUUACUAGAUGCUGGCUAGAUAUAAUCUGAUACUAGAUAGUGAAACAUACUUGAGAACUUGGAAUAAUACAAAUGAGAUCAUGUUAAAAAAUAUGCCACUGAGAAGACGGGCAUGGAAAUAUUCAAGUAUA